AUUUUGAACUAAAAGCAUGUCGCACAUCUCGCCUUAUAAAUUAAACAACUACACAGGCCAAACGCUUAAAUAUAAGUUGCCGAUAUACUGUGUAAAGUUCUGUCCAUUUACUGAUGAAAACAUAUUCGCUGCUGCAUUUUUAAAUAAGGUGGAAAUUUAUAAAAUCAGAGAUGACGACUCGAUAGUUAAAAUGAGGACAUUUGAGGCCGAGAAACAUGAAUACUUUUAUGCUUUAGACUGGACUAUUGAUGAGAAAACAGAUGAAAUAGUUUUAAUUGGAGCUGGCAUGAAGGGGAGGAUCUACAAUAUCUUGGAAACUUCAAUAUUUGGAAUUAAUGUUCGUGAAGAAACAAAUGCUAUUAAUGAAAUUGUAUUUAACCCCAAAAUUAACUACUUAUUCGCUGCAGCACAUGAGGACGGUACAGUGUGCUUGUAUAACUUUAAGUCAGAAUCUUGCAUUGCUGUUUGUCAAACACAAAGAGCUAAUAGCAUGAAGCAGUCUAUUAGUGUUAGUUUUGAUCCGUCAGGAAGUUACUUAGCGUAUGGUGGAAUGACGAAAGAAAUCUUCAUUGUAAAUCUCAAAGACUGCAAAGACUUUCAAGAUAAUUUGCAGGAAAGUCUGAUCAUUAACAAUGUUAUGGCUCCAGUGAAAUUAAACUUGCUACAUAAUAUGUGCGUAAUUCAAGACUUGCAUGUGAAUUUUAUUGACAAUAUAAAUUGGUACGCGGAGAGUUCAGUAAUCACAAAGUCAGCUAAUGGAAAUAUUAUUUUCUGGGAUAUAAAAGGACUGGAUGGACAAGAUAUUCCAUUUAAUAGUAUCAAUGGAUUGAAAUUAGUAAAGCAGCAAAAUAUAAUAAUAGAAAACUGCGACUUUUGGUUUAUCCGCUUCAGCGUUGAUCCUCUACUGAUAUAUAUGAGUAUUGGUACGGGUAAAGGUGAAUUUAUCUUGUAUGAUUUGCAGAAUGACUCGAAUUCUAAUUGGAAAUGCCAUACUAUUAGCCAAAAUAUCUCACAAGCAACAAUUCGCUCAUCUUCAUUCUCUUUUAACGGCAACCAUCUCGUCUGUUGCACCGAUGAUGGCUUUUUGAUCACAUUAAAAAAAAAUACUUUAUAAAAAAAUUUUUUUAAAAAAACUACGUUUUUUAAGGCUUUAAAAAAGUUAGAGCAAAUAUAGUGUUUGUAUGGAGAUUUCGCGAAAAUCUUCCAUCAAGCACCGCGGUCUCAAAAAAAAAAGUUCAUGCAAAGCGCCAUAAUUUCCGCCCUACUAGACGAAAAAGGCUAAAUUUUGACAUAUAAAUCAUUACUUUUGGAUAAUACGGUGGACCUGUAGGUUGGGUGACAAAAUUUGACCGACAUAAAGAAACACCUUCCGUGUUCAACGCGGAAGCUAAAACUAGAGUCUCUACGAUGUCUCGUUAUU